AUGCUGUCAAUUGAUGCGGCAAUGCAGGUCCUGGCUCACGCUUUCCGACAGCGGCUUUUCUUGAACCCGCGGCCUGAGAAAAUCCCAACCUAUUGCCUCUACGUGACAACUAUGUUGUCGCUUGUGCAAGCUUUCUUGGACACUGUGCCAAUUGACUUUCCUUUGUUGCAGUGGUGGGUGCAGCAGGCCCAGAAGACGACUGCGCUUGCCAUUGGACGCUACGCGUUGAAGCAAGACCCAGUUGAGUCCACGACAAUUGUUCCCGUUGCGCAGUGGGCCGUGUUUCAGACGGUGGAUGAGGGCUUGAACUUGGAUCGUGUCCUACACUCCAUCAUUUCCACGUGUCAGGAGUUUGACGCCGCUGAAGAAGUGCUGGUAGUGACAAGGGCCUUUGCUGUGUCCCUCACAGAGGAGAUUGUCGGUGCAGCGCCCACCGAUGUGGUUGUGCGAGGCGACAUAGUGGCCUUUUUGGAGUCUCUGUAUGAGAGCGUUGCCGAAACGUUACCAGACUUCCGCGACGAGCUGGGUGAUGCUUCAUCAGUGCAAAUUUCAGUUACAGAUCCAUAUUCACAAGAGCUCAGGAAGCAGCAAGCGGAAGUGGUCGAUCCAGCCGUUUUGCCAGGGAAGAAGCCUCGCAAGAGCAAACGGCAAGUGGGCAUCAAUCAAGCCAGAACAUCAGCUGAGAUUGAAGAGAGGUGGCUGCCGCCCGGCACCAUGAAAGAGUACUUCGACCAGUACGUUCUUCAAUCUUCGCUGGAGAAGCCGGGAAGCUUUCCAACUUUUUGGCGACGCGAGCAGGUUUGGCUGUCUGACUUUAGUUACUUGCAGAUUCGCGCAAGCAGCCAACAUGCGCAGUGCGCAACUUGCAUUCGCCACCGGCGCAUGAUCAAAUCGUUGGGACACCACCUUGCCGCGAGACAAGACCAGCAGCAUCACUACUGGCGCCACCUUAGAGAUCAAUACGCAGAUCGAUUGGUGUAUUACAAGAAUCGCGGUUUGUCGAGACUGAAGAACGGUCGCUACGUCCUGAUGAUCCAGGACGGUAUGGACCAGGGGAAAGUGGCGCUGCCACGUUCCCCCUGGAUGAAGUCCAAGGAGUACGCAACAUUUCAACGACCCAAACUGCACCUUAGCUUGACGCUUUGCCACGGCUAUUUGAUGCUGUGGUCGAUCUCAAAUCCUGACUGCAAAAAGGAUUCAAAUGCAUCAAUCGAAACCAUUGCUUACACCUUACAUUUGUUGGCGACACAGGAAGGGGUGUGUCUGCCUGAGUGCCACAUUGGCAUUCAGGCAGACAACACCCCGCGCGAGCUCAAGAACAACCCGAGCUUCCGCUUUAUGGCGGCGCAAGUGAGCGCGUCCAACCUCAGGGCCUGCGCAAUAACUUUUCUUCGUUGCGGACAUUCCCACGAAGACGUGGACCAAUGCUUCGGCCGUUUGGCACGUCACUACGCAAAGAUCCAGUGUGCCCAAACACCACAAGAUUUUGUGGCCUCGACUGUUGAGUUUUCUCGGAACAUGAAGAGGCCCCAUGAGACCAAGUCACAUGUCAUCAAGAUGAACGAUACACGUGAUUGGAGCCAAGGCUUUGCUUAG